AGGUUAGGAUUUGAUUCGAUUAGAGGUGUGUGAAAGAAAAUGGCGGAAGAGUAUACGGAGUGUUUGCUAGCGAAUAAGUUCCAUGAGGAUUGUCCUGGCUGCAAAGUUGAUCAGAUGAAGAGGCUUCGCCGAGGAUUUCCCUUAUGGGAGCUUUUUACCGUUUGGAUCAUCGUUCUUUGCACUGCUCUGCCCAUUUCUUCUCUUUUCCCAUUUCUUUACUUUAUGAUUGAUGAUUUUAACAUUGCAAAGAAGGAAGAGGACAUUGGUUUCUAUGCUGGAUUUGUCGGUUGCUCUUUCAUGCUCGGACGAGCGUUUACAUCUGUGAUCUGGGGACUUGUGGCUGAUCGUUAUGGUAGAAAACCCGUAAUCCUCAUUGGAACCGCUUCAGUGGUCGUUUUCAAUACUCUGUUUGGCCUAAGUUUAAAUUUCUGGAUGGCCAUCAUCACAAGAUUUUGCCUUGGAAGUUUCAACGGUUUACUUGGCCCUAUCAAGGCUUACGCAAUGGAAAUAUUCCGUGAUGAGUAUCAAGGUUUAGCACUCUCAGCAGUUAGUACAGCAUGGGGAAUUGGACUCAUCAUUGGCCCUGCUAUUGGAGGUUUUCUUGCUCAGCCUGCAACGCAAUAUCCAAGUUUAUUCUCACAGGACUCGAUUUUUGGCAAAUUUCCCUUCUUUUUGCCGUGCUUUGCAAUAUCCGUUUUUGCAUUCUUGGUGACUAUAAUUUCAUUAUGGAUUCCGGAAACAUUGCACAAUCACAAGUAUGAUGAUGAUGAUGAGUCUUUUGAUGCUCUCAAAGAUUUGUCUCAUGACCCUGAAUCUAAUAAAGUGGUAGAGAGAAAUGAAAAAAGUUCUCUCUUGAACAACUGGCCACUAAUUUCAUCUAUUAUCGUCUACUGCAUCUUUUCACUACAUGAUAUGGCUUACACAGAGAUCUUUUCAUUGUGGGCAAACAGCCCGAGGAAAUAUGGAGGUUUGGGAUACUCUACUGCAGAUGUUGGUUCUGUUCUUGCAAUUUCAGGCUUUGGUCUCCUUAUCUUUCAGCUUUCGCUCUACUCUUAUGCCGAGAGGCUUUUAGGACCCAUCAUAGUUACACGUAUAUCUGGGACCCUGGCAAUGGUCAUCUUAUCAUGUUACCCCCUAAUAGCAAAGUUAUCUGGUUUAGCCCUUACCCUGGCGGUUAAUUCUGCGUCGGUAGCAAAGAACGUCUUAAGUACUUCUGCUAUAACUGGAUUAUUCAUUCUUCAAAACAAUGCUGUGAGACAAGACCAAAGAGGAGCAGCUAAUGGGAUUGCCAUGACAGCGAUGUCUCUUUUUAAAGCAAUAGGCCCAGCAGCAGCAGGAAUCAUUUUUUCUUGGAGCGAGAAACGUCAAGAUGCUGCUUUCUUCCCUGGCACCCAAAUGGUAUUCUUUAUCCUGAAUGUGGUCUUGGCACUUGGAGUUCUAUUGACAUUCAAACCGUUUCUAGCUGAAACACAACAACAACGACAGAUAGACGACCGCCGUCGCCGGAAAGUGACGUCACCAAACCUGUCAAUGGGUGCCACUGAGCCCGCGGUGGUGGAGAGAGAGAGGAAAGAAACAGAGAAGCAAAGAGAAGUAAAGGCAGUGGAGGAGGAAGGAGAAGAAUCAAAGGAUAAAGAUGAAAUCAGUCAUCAUAGAUUUUUGGCGAGCUUGAACAGAUUAAACCCAACUAACCCUCUUAGGAUCAUUGUUAAUGGCGGCUCUAGAUUCACUACUCCUCCGCCUCCUAAUCUAGCCCAACCACACCGAUCUUCCUCUAGACAUCCUCCUCCGCCGCCACCACGGCCGCAGACGCCUCCUACUUUCGUGCCAGAAGAACCUCAGCCUCAGACUCCUCCGCCGCCAAAUCAACAUCAAACUCGUUCCAUCUUCACACCAACCCCUCAACAAACGUUGGCAUCAUUGAAUUCAACAAAGUACACAAACAAGUUCUUUCUGCUGCUCUUCAUCUUUCACAAGGUUGUGGCUAUUGGGUUUGUAGGCUUCCUUGUCUUCAGAGGCGUCCAAGGUCUAAUUGGAUCCAAUGGUAGCGUCAAAAGGAAAGAGAAAAAGAUCCUCAGAUUCUUACUCCCACAAGUCGAAGCUGCAUCGCUCUUGAGCAUCAUUCUUGCAUUCCUCUGGCAAAUGGCAUUCAGGCUUUGGCCUGAUUUCAUGAUUCACUUCAUACUUUGGAGUACCUUUUUAAUGUCUCUAUCCUCAGGAAUCCUCUUACUAUGUUUCCAGAUGCCAGCUACCGAUGCUGUUGGGGUUUGCCUCAUCGCUUUCUCAAUUGGCAAUGGUUUAUAUGCUUGCUGGGUCACUCGGAGAAUCAAAUUCUGUUCCAAGAUUUUGGUCAAGUCGUUGGAACCUGUUUCCAAGUUCUCGGAUUUGAAUUUACCCACCUACUACAUGCUAGCUGCUGGUUUCCUCUGGAUGUCUCUUUGGAUUUUCGGUGUCAUCGGUGCCUUGAACUUCUAUUUUCCGCCACUUGUGAUUAUUGGUUUGGUGUUAAGCCUGGCUUGGACGACAGAAGUGAUGAGGAAUAUUGUUAAUCUAACUGUGAGUCGGGUCAUUGCUUUGUACUAUCUUAGGGGAGUGCAGUCUAGUACUAGGUUUAGUUUCCAAAGGGCCUUGUCUCGUAACCUCGGGAGCGCGUGUUUAGGAUCUUUGUUUGUUCCAACAAUAGAAGCCUUAAGAAUCUUGGCAAGAGGAUUGAAUUUGCUCAAGGGUGAAGACGAGUUUAUGUUUUGCUGCGCUAAUUGUUGUCUCAGACUCAUGGACUUCAUAUUCGAACAUGGCAAUGGCUGGGCCUUUGUACAGAUAGCGGCUUAUGGGAAAGGAUUUGUGAGGGCGUCGCAAGACACAUGGAAACUGUUUGAGGAUGAAGAUAUGGUUGAAAUCGUAGAUGCAGACAUAACAAGCUCCAUUUGCUUCCUCACGGGCAUCUGCAGCGGCUGCGUCUGUUUAAUUGCCGCAGCCGCUUGGACUCAUACAGUUUACAAACCUUUUACAGCCACCAUCUCCUUACUUGCCUUCUUCAUUGGAUACCUCAUGACCAGGAUCUCAAUGGCAUUGCCUCACGCGUGCGUAGGUUGCUACUACACUUGCUACGCUGAAAAUCCGGAAAGCAGAUUCUUCGAAGACAAAGUGAUAAAAACUAGGCAAGAUAUGAUCAAAAGUGGCCGUGUUGCUGUGACCACCCCUAGAGUUCGCCGUGCUCUAGCUUAGCCUGCUUAUCUCUUUUUCCUUCAUGCAUGGUUUGAAAUGGAUAUAUAGGUGCUAAAUUUUCAGAAUGAAUAAGUAGUUUUAAA